CGCUGCCGCGCCUUAACCAAUGAUGGAAGCCUGAGGAGAUCGCGUUGGCGGCAGUGCCCGGAAGAAGGGUUGGCCUCGGUUGCUAUGGCAACGGCUGCCCGCGAAGGCGCCAUGUACCUGCUUUUGGGCGGUUCGGGCGCCGGGAAAACGCUACUGGUUAAGCGGCUGCAGAAGCUUUCCUCUAAGGAUGGCGCCAAGGAGCUUGGGGAGCCACCAGCCACACUGCCCACGGUGGGCACAAAUCUUACAGACCUCUCACUAGGAAAGAAGAUUACAGUGCGGGAAUUGGGAGGAUGCAUGGGCCCCAUCUGGUCCAGUUACUACAGUGACUGCUGCUCUGUCCUGUACAUGAUUGACGCUGCCAGGCCUACCCAGAUUUCUUCAUCCUGUGUACAACUUCUGUCACUCCUUUCUGCUGAAAAGCUAGCAUCAGUUCCUGUUCUCAUCAUUUUCAACAAGAUAAUUUGUUCAGAAGAGGUUUGUCAUUGUCUUUUUCUGGGGCUGAGAGACUGUGAUGUGCCCAAGGUCAUCCGGAAAUACAGCUGCAGUAUCUUCUGCAGAAACCACCAUAAAAAAUGGAGCAGAUUCAUGUAAAUAUCUAAAACAGCCACUAGGUGAUGUUCAGAAAACUUUCUGUUGCCAAGUUUUUCAGGAACCCAACAUUGAGCUUAAAGGACCCCAUUUAAGAAGCAGUCUGAUAUACAACCCUUCUGCCAAUCUUCUUUUUGUUCUAAGUUAAUUGCUGUUCAGUCAGCUUUGAUGUAUGACAGACCUAUGUAUGAAAGAACUCCAAGACACCCUGUCAUCAAUAGUCCUGUUCACAUCCUGCAGAUUCAGGGCUUGAUUGAAUCUAUACACUUGUAAUGCAGUCUUCCGCUUUCCCUACUGCCUUGCCAAACAGUUUUCUUUUUUGAAAAAAAAAUGUAAUGCAAACAUGCAUGUCAUACAUUUCCAGUCAGUCUUAAUAUCUUAUUACUCACUUAUGUCACCAAACUGUAAUUUUCCUCUAAAACUUAUCCAUACAUAAACAAGAAAAAAAAUCAACCCCCAUUUAAAUUUAAAAUUAGCUAUAAAAAUUAAAAAGCACUACGUCCAUAGAGACAGUAAUUCUGUCUAUUUAAUUUGUUGUCUAGUUACAGGUAUUUUCCGUCUAUUUCUAUUAUGUUUUAAUCCUCAAAACCCACAGAUAUCUUCAUAUUAUCUUCUUUAGGAAGAUUAUGAAAGGUACAAAUAAUUUUGAAAGUUCUUUGUUCUUUGUAGAUUUUUAAAAUCAUAAUUGACAUCAGUUUCAGUCACUUCCGCUAACUUUAAAAUCCAAACUUGUCUGAAUGACAAAUCUGUUCUUUUUCCACUGCUCAGCAUAAAAUAUUCUUGCAGCUAAAACCGUGGAAUGCAUACUAGGUCAAAUUUUUAAUUUGUUCAUUUGAUAAACUCUCAAAAAAUAACGUUAGAUCUAAAAUUACCUUAAUUUUGUAAAUUUCUUGCAUCAAAGAUCAUAUUUUCUACUUAGAUGUGUUGUCUCAUGAUAUGGCAAAACUAGAAUAGUCUACAUUAUUAUGUUCCUUUCUUAUCCCUCCUAAUUCUUCCUGGCACAGCAUCAGUAAAAAGUAUAACAGGUCCAUUAGCCUUCUUUCUUCAAUAAUCUCUUGGAGGAUAGCAUACAUUCAAACUACAACCACACUCUGAGGACUGGAUACUGUUAAAUGUGUGCGGUCAGUUUUCAGUGGAUAAUAGAAGCCCUGUCUUCAUUCAAACACACACCAUUUCUCUGAAAGUCAAGAACAAUAGCUCAUUGUUCCAUGGUGCCAGGCCAUUUUUCACUAGGACCAUUUAUUAAGGCCUUAUCAGUCAGGAGGUGGGAGAGAAAGAAAUCUUUCUCUCACUACAUUAAAUAACAGGUAACUUUUAACAGUUAUACAAUCCUAAUCAUGCAAAUCUGAAUACAGAAAAUAUGGCAGUAGGAACAACAUGCAGUGACCUUAUGCCAUGUAUCAUGUAUUCUAAAUAUUGACUUUCUUAGGCUUCAUGAAAACUGGUGAGAUGGUUAAUGAAAAGUCAUGUACAGAGUUGAAAUUUUUUCAUUCCCAAACCCAGUCCCACAGCUAGCCUGUUCUAUGUGUGGCAGGAAGAGGCUAAAUCAUCCUCUAUUUGUGAAUUAGUGCUCAGUAGUGAAAAAUACAGUAGAGCCCCAUUUAACCGAGCUCCACUAAUCCGAGCGUCCGUAUUAUCCGAGGCACUUCCGAGUUCAAGAGAAGGAGGGAGAGGGAGGAGGAAGCGCCCUGCGAUCGCUGCUCAUGAGGCACUUGCCAAAGGGCGAGGCUUGCUGAGAAACGUCCUGUGGAGAGCCCACAUUUCCCCAAGCAAGCACCUUAACCAGAGGGAAAAGAAAACUCUUCCCUUUGGUAAAAGCGCUUGCCUGGGAAAACGUGGAGGCAUUGCUCCGCAUUGCCCCAGUCUCAGCCCUUUACCAAAGGGAAGAGAAAACUCUUCCUUCCGGUAAAGGCGCUUGCCUGGGCAAACGUGGAGGCGUUGCUCCGCAUUUCCCCAAUCUCAGCCCUUUACCAAAGGGAAGAGAAAACUCUUCCCUCUGAUGAAGACGAUAACCUGGUAAAACGCGGAGGCAUUGCUCCACAUUUCCCCAGUCUCAGCCCUUUACUGAAGAGAAGAGUUUUCUCCCUUUGGUAAAGGCCUGACUGAGACUUUGGGGAAACGAGGAGCGUGUUGCUAAACAGCAACGCGCCCCGGGUUUCGCUAGGCCGGGCCUCCCUAUUAUCCAAGAGAUCCGGCUAUCCGAGACGCGGCCCAUUCAUUUAACUCGAAUAACCGGAACUCUACUGUAGUUCUGUCCACAACUGUGAGAUACAAUGCAAGAGCAUCCAUGUAAUGGACUUGACUAAUUUCUUCACAAGAACUUUCUAAACUAAAUCAACAUUCACCGCAGUUUAGUCAUGACACAUCAUACUGCCAACCAAGGAGGAAAUUAAAAGUAAUACUGUUGAGGAAGGUUUUUUAAAAAAAGAGUAGUUUAAUUACACUAAAUCAUGAUUUUCCUGACAGUAGUUUAAGUAAGUCUCACAUUAUACUCCCAUGUUUUCAUAAGUCCAGUACAGGAAGCCCAUGGGCCAUUUCCAUCAAUUUCCAUCAAUUCGGUUUUUCUCUUUUAAAAAAAACAACAAAUCCACUUCCAUGUUUUUCAAGCAGUUCUAAGAUCAUUUAUUCCAGUUCGAGGAAAAUGUCCACGUGCCUGUCCAUGAAAGCUGGAAUUGCUCUCAAAUGCUAGAAACUGUUGUUCUCGGACUGAAAGCAGAUAGGAGUCCUCUAGAAUCUAAAAACAAAGAUGCCCAAGGGCCAACCAGUGAGGUCAAUGUUUUCAGCAGCAUGGGCCUGUUCCCAGAGCAGUUCCAGCAAGAUUCUUCAUCUCCAUAUAAUCUUUUUAGGUCCAGAAUGAGAAUUCACCCUUUGAGCGAAAAAUGCUAGGAAUAUUUGAGCUGUCGUUUUUAAUCACAAAGGUCUUUGCUGUCUAGAUAAUUGUUCCCAUCACUGUCCUGUGCCAAAAACCUAACUUUUUUCCAAAGCUCUGUUUUAUCGUUUCUUUUGUAUUCCUCAUUCCAGGUAUGUGGAUAAAGCACCCUCCUCCUUCAUUCCCUUCAUUGUCCCUGGAGUGUUCUAAACAGAAUGAGCAAAUCCACUGUCCUGUUACCCUGCUCCAGGGACAGAAUUAAAGAUUUCCAAUUUCUGGUGCAAAAAUGAUGUAAUGAUGCAUAAUCUUCUUAUUGUGAAGUGGUCUCCCCUGCCCAGAUUCCUUUGAACCUGGUGGCCAUGCUUUAAAAUGAAGCUCGGGAGUAACAGGAAUGCUGAAUUAUUCCACUUGUUCUUGCAUCUCACAGCUACCUCUCUUUUGAUGCUGCUUCCAGUCUCAAGAGCCUUGCCAAGAGAAAAAAUACAGAGAUGAUCGUUUGUUAGGAAAGGAGAUGUAUAUCCAGAGUCCAGCAAUCCACUUGCUUGCCCAUAAUGUUUAACUCACUCCACCUAAUUCCAGGUGAAUUUGCCAGCAGUUAUUUCAAUCUGCCAGCAUCAUGUUCAAUUUACUCUCAGUUAUACAGCUUGCAUCAAGAAUAUUUUCUAGCAGGAGAUUUUCAUAAAUAAACUGCUUUCACUUUCUUUUCUAUAUGUCUGUGCAGAGGUCCUCAUGCUUCCACCUGUGAAGCCAGCUGAGAGUUCUGCUUGCCUCUUACCUUCUCUAGAGAGGCAGAACCCUAUUACUCCCUGAACUGCCUUGGGGCAUCUGUAGCUCCUGUUUGUGUUUUAUUCAUUUCAAAAAAGGAGUAAGCACAGAAAUAACGGGUGCUGCAAACAUAAUUGAAAUGCUCCUCAUGGAAGCAGUUAGGCUCAACACAGGUAGAGACACACAGGAUGCAUGGAUUCAGUGCUAGGACUUUUGUCCAGGACCGGGGGACUAUAAGUCUUAUAGAUGUUGUCAAACUCUAGUUCCUAUCAGUACCACCCAGCAUGGCCAAGGGUGAAGACUGGUGAGAGUAGUACUUUAUCAACAGCAGGAGGGCCUAGGUGUCCCGACUGCUAUUUUUGACCAUACAGCAAUGUAUGUAUAUGCUAGACAGCCAUGCACUCUCCACAUCCUCUUCUCUGAGCUGCAGUCAUUUUACGCAACUCUUCCGUGUAGAGCUCUGAAGCACAUACCUUAUCUUCUGCUGCAUGGCUCUCUCAUUUCCCAUAUAUAGUAUGAAGCUUCUCAAUGAGGAACAUCUUAUCUUCUCCUUCCUGGAAUAGAGGUAUUUAAGGUAAGUAAAAGAAAAGUGACAUUCUUGAAAGACCAAAAGGAUGUACCAUAAGUCUGAAACUAAUCUGCUCUGCAAUCACUUGUCUUAUGAGUCAGUGCAAGAGAUUGUGUUUGUUUCUUUUUCUUACUAUGAAAUGAAAGAUUUGGAUCAAGAGAUUCUGAAUAUUGCACAGAUCCAAUAUGAAAGGUGCACUGCACCUGCAGAUCUUUAUGGGUAGACACUUAGCAUGCAUGUCUUUAAUCUGUCAAUGAAAAUUGGGCCACCAACUGCAUCUUUGUUACAGUGUUGUUCCUAUCCAGAGUACUUUUCAUUUUACUACAGCAGUGACUUUUACUGUGACACAGCAUUCACUGACAAAAAAAAACAAUUGAUGGAGUACUGCCAUUUAUUUUUGUUUCAAUAAAACCCAAGGCUAAAGGGCUUGAUGUUCUCUGGUAAGAGACUGGCCCUGCUUUGCACUUGGCACUCACGUUGGCAAUCUGCUCCUUCAGGAGGGUGAUAAUUCUUCGUUGACCCUGCACCACUUGAAUGUUGAGGUAGAUCACAGCUCUGUAAAUCAUAAGGAUAUGGAAUAUGAAGAUUAUGCUGAGAAGCUGAGCAAUACGUAUGCAAAAAAUCCCAAUAUGCGGAAAAAAUUGCUAAAUGAAUCGCCCACAGAAGUAUUGUUUUAGUCCAAAUUCUCCACACAGAGGAAGGCAAUGUUCCCAGGUAUUGGGUACACCUAAAACACUCAUUUGGAUGAGUAUUUUGGCCUCUCAGCCACUGUGAGCUACAUGAAGCCUGUUUACUUAAAUCUGUGUGACUGGACAAGAAGCAACUUGUUUGUGACCACUACAAUUACACAAAUCGGAUUUUUUUUAUAGCAGCCUAAGGUGCCGUUGGGCAGACCUCAAGCUUGCAAUAUUUACUUAGGUCUUCACUAGAACUCAAAGGUCCAUCAGCCUGAACAAGGUUCAAAAUAGUGGACAGGGAAUUGUAAACAAAUGUUUGGUUGGUUUGCAGCACCAGGAACUGGAGUACAUACAGAAAUCACCUCCUGAUUCCCCUAAAACUUUUAGCACUCUUAAUAGAGAACAAGCAGGGCAGGAAAAUUAUUUACUGCUUUUCUACAAACCAUUACUAUCAGUAGAUUGAAAUAUACACUGUGAUUGCCCCUUGGCAUUAACAGGACAGGAGAAAAAUACUUAUGUUCUAUUUACUGGCACUAUUUUCUGUUUCAUUAAGAAAAAAUUGUUUUAGCAAGUUCUAUGAGUCAGCGUCACCAAGGAGGUGCCUCAGCAUCAGCUUUUCAAAAAAGUACCAAUAGCUCGGAGAAUUUGCUUAUGUUGCAUUAGGCUGAGAACGGGGCACAAAAAACUUAUUUAUUAUAUGACAGAAAUAUUCCAUGUGAACAAUGUUACUGCCAAACUACUCUGUAUAUUCUAGACUGUGGUAAGGACAGUGCUUAUAGUUUUUAGGUGUAAACAGACAGUGGAGUCCUUUCAACUUACAGCAAAAUUCCAGAAAUUAAAAACAAAAAGAAGCUAUUUUGGAUCAGAUGCUGAUGGAUCCAGGUAAACCAGGUAAGGUUUGGGCUAGAUUGCUCUAGAUCCACUACCCAUGUCUUCCCAGAAUCAUAGAUGGUCUCAAAAGUUUGGAAGGGUCCACACAUCUCUGAGGGUUUUACUCUGAAAACACAAAAAGAAAAAAGAAAAAAAAGAUGAGCAUGAAAGGACUAAUCAAAAGAGUGUUAUUCUACUUGGCACAUCUAAUGAAAUAUAUAUAUCAACAUACAUACACAACCUUUCUACAUUAAUACACAGGGCAAAGGCUGUAAUUAAUAUACAGUGUGUGCAUGUGUAUAUGUAUCUGUAUGUGCAUAUUUGACUAUGCACAGGACAUGUUUGUGUCUCUCUGUUUGUAUGUAUAUUACUAUAUAGUAAAAAGAAAAGCAAAGAUCCCAAAAAGAUACACGCGUAGGAUAGUUCUUAUUUCAGAUGUAAAGGGAUGACAAAACUAGAAUUACACAAAUGUAAUGGCUGAAGGUUUAACACGCAAUGUCUAGAAUGCAGAUGCAGCAGAUGACAUUUUCCCUGAAGAUCUACUCACGCCCAUAUAGUGUAGGAGAGGAAUAUGGAGGCACCCAGGAAUGAAGGGAAGCACAACAAGGUGAUGAAGAUGGUACUCAUGUGGGAUGCACGCCAGGGCUUACUGGGAGACUGGCAAUUUCUCAUCAAACUGGCCUAGGAAGAAUAUAGUAGGCUAGAAUUAGAUCACCUCUAAAUGAAACUUAACUACACAUUGAGGAAGACUGGACACAACUACACCUUCCUUGGUUGCUCCACAUCUCCCUUACGGGGUAACACACACCUAGACCCUUGCAUAAAAUAAAGCAACUUGGGGCUGAUUCUGGAUGGGAAAAUCACCAGCAUAGAAAGGGAUUUGUCACUGUAUUUCUCUCCAGAACUGCAGUCUCCCAAGGUUGUUUACAUUUUUUUAACACCCCAGGGUUUUUACUACAAAACUUAACAUGUAACUUAGCCCUUCUCAGCACACACAAAGCUGCUUCCUGUUGGCCUAAGAUUUAUAUUGGAUUUGUAUUUCCUUUAUUUGUUUCCAGCAGAUCCAGAGGUCCUGCUCAACAUGGUCGUACUCCACCCCCCUCCAUUUCCAGUUAUUUCUAUAAUCCUUCCUUUUGCUCAGACUGCUUGACUGCAAAUAGAAAAGCCACUACCUUCUUUAUAUAAAACAAGAGCAGCAACUUGAGGAUCUGAACAGCAGGGAGGAGUGGGGCAAAGAAGACACCCAGCCUAGAAAAAGAAAAGUGAGGUGGAUAUUAUUAAAUCAUUUAGCUGUAUUUUCCUCAGCAUCAGAAAGACUGACAUGUUCUACUUUGGGAAGGAAGGCAAGGGCAACUGUGCUGGAAACUGAGGACCUUCUCUAUCUACAUUUAUUGCUAUAGGCUUGCUAAGUUAACUAGCAAAUGUCCACUUACUACUGCAUAUCCUAAUUUAUAAGUCUAGAAAUGUUAGUUUAAAAAUUGACCCCAAAAACCUGUUUUGACUUAUUCAUGGGUCAAUGUAAGUACUGUGCCUUCACUCUUAUGGACAUGAAUCUUCCCCUUCUCUGAGCAGCUUGGAACAUACACUUGUUUAUUUUUGAGCUUCCACUGGAUUCCAACCAAAUAUUUUCAGGCCUCUAUCAACUACAUUGUAAAAUAAAACUGAUUUAAAAAAAACUGUCUCAAGAAAACUAAUCUGGGCCAAAUAUUCUGUAGUUGUAUUGAAGUUUAUCAAUGCACCGUUCUAUCUACAGAUUAUCCUGACCUGCUGAAGGUAUUACAGAAGGAGAUACACAUGGAACCUAGUGAUCUGGACAGUUUAGGGGAGCUGGAUGUCAUGGACUGUGUUCCAAAUUAUGCACCAGGAAGUUUAAUAUAAGCAAUCAAAGAGGAAAGAAGAACUGGCUCAAAACAAUCUGAAGUUCUACACAGAUGGCUUCUCUUUUAAUCAAUACACAGACUGUACAUCAACUGUGUUUUUUUCCUGAAAAGCUUGCACCUUCCUGUAAUGGUUUUUAUAUAGUAGAAUUAUCUACUAUAAUGUUCCGACUUAUGGCUCUCUUUGGAAAUAGUUUGAGAAAAGCAACUAAAGUGAAAUGUUUCAUCUUGCCUCCUCACAGGCAUGAAGAAAGGACAUAUUCAUGCUGAUUCCCACAUGCUACUUUUAUCUUUAUUUGUUACCCAGUAUCCUUCAGAGACUGGGCAACAAAUAUCAUUAAAAUGUCCCUCUUUCUUUAGAAUGCCCUGUUAUGAUCUCAGGCAGGGGAAGUGAAGGGCCACUGUUGAAAGAUCUACUUAGAAAAGCUGUAAGAAGAACUAUAGCUUUGUGAUAGUGUAUGAACUGUAAAGCACCCUGGUUUCAACAUCCUUUCCGAGGUGGCCAGAUCAGAGUUCCUUAAAAUUCCAGGCAUUUGAGUAAUAUUGCUCUUUGUAUGGCAAGGGUGGAGAUGCUGUUGGACUUCAGCUCCCACCAGGUAUGGUCUGCCUAGAAAAUGCCUAAGCCUGGUGAGAGCCACAUCAGAAGGACCAUAUGUUUCCUGUCCCUUGUAUAAAUUGAACAGUUCAGUGAUAUUUUUAUAUAUUUUUAAUUCAUAAUGUAUUUUAAUAGUUUUAACUAUUUAUGUGCUGUUUUAUAUUGGUUUAUAUGGGCAUCUAAUUGUUGCCACUGUUGUAAGCCGCCCUGAGUCCCUUCGGGUGAGAAGGGCGGGAUAUAAAUGUGAGAAAUAAAUAAAUAAAUAAAUAUUGCAUUGUUUUGUA